AACUCAUAACGCCGUCGUAUGGUGGACCCACAAGGCUCACGUCCACAAAAAAUGUAAAAAUUGUAAGCGGUGAAUAAUGGGCCACGUCGAUUCCCGCCUCUCAGCAUUCUUCUCAAUACCGGAAAUACCCAAAAAUCUCAGUGCCGACUCGACGGUCUUUUAGUAAAUAAGCAAUUAACGAAGUGAAAAUUGGGUUCCUGGGGCUGGGUUGCAAGAAAUUUGGAACAAAUGGCGCCGCAAACGAGAAGGUUGGCGUUUCCACAAGUGGUGAUUGAGAGGGAUACGGACUCUGAAUCAUCAGAAGAUGAAGAUGAAAAUGAUAUUGAAGUUAACGAAUCAGAAUCAGAACCAGAAGUUGAAGAAACAACAAAUAUUGAAGAGGAUUUGAAUUCCAAGAAGAAACUGAAAGCACCCAUCACGAUCAGUCUCAAGAAAGUCUGCAAAGUGUGCAAGAAACCAGGACAUGAAGCCGGGUUUAAGGGGGCUACUUACAUUGAUUGCCCUAUGAAACCCUGCUUUCUUUGCAAAAUGCCUGGCCAUACAACGAUGUCAUGCCCGCAUAGAGUGGCUAUUGACUUUGGGAUCAUCUCGGCUCCCCAAAGAAAUUCUCAUAAUACUUUGCAGUAUGUUUUCCAGCGUCAGCUUACACCAAGCAUCCCUCAAAUUAAGCCAGCAUAUGUCAUACCGGAUCAAGUGUGCUGUGCAGUUAUCAGAUACCACAGCAGGCGGGUGACAUGUUUGGAAUUCCACCCUACAAAGAAUAACAUCCUUUUAUCUGGGGAUAAGAAAGGGCAGGUUGGCGUCUGGGAUUUUGAUAAAGUGCACGAGAAAAUGGUUUAUGGAAACAUACACACAUGCAUUGUCAAUAACAUGAGGUUUAACCCUUCAAAUGAUUGUAUGAUGUAUGCGGCAUCCUCAGAUGGAACCAUCAGUUGCACUGACAUGGAGACUGGCAUUUCAUCAUCUUUGAUGAACCUUAACCCUGACGGGUGGCAGGGACCACGAAACUGGAGAAUGCUUUAUGGUAUGGAUGUCAACACAGAGAAAGGUGUUGUGCUCGUUGCCGAUAACUUUGGCUUUCUCUAUAUGGUGGAUAUGCGUUCCAACAACAAAUCUGGGAAGGAGAUUUUAAUCCACAAGAAAGGUAGUAAAGUUGUUGGCAUUCAUUGCAAUCCGGUUCAUCCAGAGCUUAUUUUGAGCUGCGGGAAUGAUCAUUUUGCUCGUAUAUGGGAUUUGCGUCGACUUGAAGCUGGAUCUUCUCUUUGUGACCUUGAGCAUAAACGAGUAGUUAAUUGUGCAUAUUUCUCUCCUCUGUCUGGCAGCAAAAUUCUGACUACUUCACAGGAUAACCGUAUUCGUGUCUGGGAUUCCAUCUUUGGGAAUUUGGACACGCCAAGUCGAGAGAUUGUGCACAGUCAUGAUUUUAAUAGGCAUCUGACUCCUUUUCGAGCUGAAUGGGAUCCUAAGGACCCCUCAGAAUCCCUUGCAGUUGUUGGUCGUUAUAUAAGUGAAAAUUACAAUGAUGUUGCUCUGCAUCCUAUUGAUUUCAUAGACGUCAGCACUGGGAAACUGGUUGCUGAAGUUAUGGAUCCAAAUGUCACAACAAUUAGUCCUGUGAACAAGCUACACCCUCGGGAUGAUAUCCUGGCAUCCGGCAGUUCAAGGUCACUUUUCAUUUGGAAGCCGAAGGAGAAGUCUGAAGCUGUGGAAGAGAAGGAUGAGAAGAAGAUAAUUAUUUGUGGGAAUGAUGAGAAGAAGUACAAAAGGAAGUCUAAAGGCGAAAGUGACGACGAUUCUGAUGGAGGAUUCAAAUCAAAAGGCAAGAGUUCUAAGUUUAAAAAGGCAGUGUCAAAAACAGGUCGCAAGCUUAAGUAAUAGGCUAAGAAAUGGCAGCUUCCUCAUAUCAUUGACUAGCAAUUUUUGUGUUCAACUAACCCUAGCACAGGCUCUUAGGUUAGAAAAGAGUUGGUCUGUAGCAAUAUUUUGAUCAGAAAGGUAACUUAUUCUGUAUAUUUAGUAAAGGGUACACCAUUCUGAUAAUUUUGUAUCAUUUGUUCUAAAGUUUGUAAUAUAUUUAAUUUUACCGUUUGUUGA